AGCAGCAGCCGUACCGUCGGAGCGUUAGUUUCAGUGCUUAACCAACCAACUACCGCAACCAACAACCGCAAGCAGCAAUGGCUUUGGAGCGUCAAGUUCGCAUGAAGAUCGCCGGCAAGCGCGACCUGGAGAAGGAUAAGGAGGCCCAGUACUGGGUUGAGGAGGUGCUCGGCGAGAAGUUCCCGGCCGGCGUCCUGUACGAGGAUGCGCUGCGCGACGGGCUGAUCCUGUGCAAGCUGAUCAACAAGCUGGAACCGGGCGCGGUCCCGAAGAUCAACACGUCCGGUGGCCAGUUCAAGAUGAUGGAGAACAUCAACAUGUUCCAGCAGGCGCUGAAGAAGUAUGGCGUGCCGGACUUGGACGUGUUCCAGACGGUCGACCUGUACGAGAAGAAGGACAUCGCGCAGGUGACCAGCACUAUUUUUGCCCUCGGCCGUGCGUGCUACAAACACGCGGAAUUCAAGGGACCGUUCCUGGGACCGAAGCCGGCCGAUGAAUGCAAGCGAAACUUCACCGAGGAGCAGCUAAAUGCGGGUCAGGCCAUCAUCGGACUGCAGGCGGGAACCAACAAGGGUGCGACGCAGGCCGGCCAGAACAUUGGCGCCGGUCGUAAAAUCAUUCUCGGAAAGUAAAGUCCGGCCGUGGCCAGGCUGAAUGUACGUGUACAAAAAAUCGAAUCGAACACACCCACACAUCGCAUAACACAGCACACGCACCCCCCCCCCCUUUAGGGGGCCGGUC